UUUAAUUAAAAUAAAAUCUGGGGCUUCUGUCGCUUUUUCGGAGGAUCAACCAGAGGUCAUUCAUGCUUUAUGACACCAGCAGAUAUAAAAGCAGCUCGACUCUCAUUUCCGAUCAUUUACAGUGUGCUGUGGGAAAGUGAGCGGCCCACCAAGAGCGGAGAUGCUGUCAAUGAUUAGUGCGGAUGUGCUGGCACAGGGCAGGUAGAGGGAGAGGAAGAGAGGGAGGAAGAGGAGGCAGGCAGGCAGGAGGGAGGGAGGGAAGGAGGGAGGGAGGGAGGAUGCUGCCAGCGGAAAAUGGCUGCUGCAACCUCAAGCCUAUCCUGAUACACCGAAACGACAUCAAGGUGGAGAGAGUAAGAGAGAGAGAGCGAGAGAGAGAGUAAGAUUAGGAAAAUGAGAGCAGAUGGAGAGAGAAUGUGAAGCGAGACUGAGUGUUUCCUGAAAGGAGGAAUAAAAAGAAGAGGGAGAGAGGAGAGCCUGGGGUGGGCUGCUGCAAGCGGCGGGCAACACCGAGCCAUGGAGGGCGAUGUGCGUGUUCGUGCGGUGGUGAUGACACGUGAUGACUCCAGUGGCGGUUGGGUGGGAGGAGGCGGGCUCAGUCACGUGGUCAUAUGCAAGGGGCGGAGCCUCGACGGCAGGGGGCGCAGGGAGUACAUCAUCCGAGGAGAGCGCCUGCGCGACCGAGCACCAGUGCUGGAGUGUGCGGUCCAGAGGGGGCUGGUGUACAACAAGGUGAAUCCCAUCUUCCAUCACUGGAGAGUCGAGGAUCGGAAGUUCGGUCUUACGUUCCAGAGUCCUGCCGACGCCAUCUCCUUUGAAAAAGGGCUGCAGACCGUCUUAGACAAACUCGACAGAGGCUCUGACUCGCCAUCGUCGUCCACGCCAGAAGAGGUGGACCCUGAAGACGAUGGUCAAGCUUCCCAUACAGGAAGCGAGUCGUCGUCACACAGCAGAAAGGAGAUGCUUCCCAAGUCGAUCACCAUAGUGACAAGCGAGUCCUCCUCCACCUGCUUCGGGCGGCCCGAAGAGUUCAUCUUUGGUUCCAGCCAUGCCGUCACCACUCACACACCUGCUCAGAUUAUGUGUGGACUAGGCCUAAAGGAAAGUCUCUCUUCCUGGAAGCAGAGCAUCAAAACAUGAGGGAUGACUCAAGACUUCUGCACCAAACUCCAUCAGGACAUUGUGUCCUACAGACCAGGAUCAGAAACCGAUGCCUCAGAGGGACAUCUCAGGCAGUUUUGAGUUUCCUCAGAUGGAAACCUUCUACAUCCAGAGCUGCAGUACAUCAUGUUCCUGACUCACUGUGUAACCCUACACCCUCUGCACUACACCGACUCCCUGUAGCUCAGAGAAUAGACUUUAAAAUACGGAUGUUAGCUUAUAAAUCACUGAACGGCUUAAAGAUCUGCUGAUGAUGUAUCAACAUUCCAGACCUCUCAGGUCUUC